GGAUCAGAGUACAGUUGAUAAUGCAGGUUAAAGAUAAUGGGAGAUAAUAAACUAGGCCAGGAGGAAACAGUGAAACACCUCUUUACACGACAAGUUGGGAUAACAAACUAGAAAAAGAUGAGACUCGCCAUUAUCGCCAUUAUUCUUACAAUCUGUAUUGCAUACAAUGCAUGCGGUGGAGUACCAAACACGGCGAUCACAUCUAAAAGGUCAUCCAAAACUAGCAUACCAACUAGCAAACAAACAUUAACCAGUGCGAAACCGGUAAAGUCAAGUGCAAAACCAGCGACGUCAAGGACGUCAAGUGCGAAACCAGUGUCGUCAAGUGCGAAACCAGUGACGUCAAGUGCGAAACCAGUGACGCCAAGGACGUCAAAUGCGAAACCAGUGACGCCAAGUGCGAAACCAAUAACAUCAAGCCAAGUGACAUUUAGUAAAACAAAGUCUGUCAGCACGACAAAACCGGUGACAACGACAGCCGGAAGUUCCUCAGUGGCGCCAUCUAUGUGGUUGAUUACCUUAGUAUCAGCAGCGGUUUACCAGUACAUGAAACAACAUUAGAAUAACAACUUGGCGGCAAAAAGAAAAA